AUGGUGUUCAGGGACAACAUGUGUUUCUUCAAGUCAUCAACUCAGCAGCGGAGCUUUAACUGUCCGUAUCAGUUCGGUAACUGCGUGGGCGGCGACUGUCCCGAGACGGCGGUGGAGUUUGAGGUUGAGGAAUUGAGGCCGGGGGACAUAUAUAAUCGUAUUUGGGACAGAGAUGGGUUGCUGGACAACAUUUUCGCGAGCGAGAUUGAAGAGGUUAUUGUGGCGUAUGAAGUAAGAGGUCAGGAUUGUGGGGAGUUGGCUUCAUACAUAGCCAACCUAGCGUUGUAUAACUCGUUAGACAAGUACAAUGUUAGCCCCUUUCAAAUGAAGGCACAGAAGGCUGGACGAGAGCACGUGGGAGACAAGAUCGACGACAUCACUGUUGUCGUCUCACAUUACAACAUUAGCUAUUGA